ACCUGCUUCAAGUUUGGUGGCAACACUCCAGAUUCCAGAUUCUAGAUGGUGACAGGCUGAGACAGCCGGCCUUAGCUGUGGUACCUCGUCUAGUGUUUCUCACUUCUCCGUCCCAGCCAAUCACAAUGCGUGUAUAGCAAGUUUCCAUCAGGACCACAACCUCUAGCAGGUAGGUACCGUAGUAAGAUAAUGACAAGUCCGAUCAAGUAUCGGCCUCUAGUUUUACAGAUGUCUGCAUUGAUCGGCAUAUUGGAAUCAGGUGCAGCUACAAGCCAAUCCAGCAUUGCACAUUGCCCGGUUGCAUCCUGACAUUGACAACUUUCUAGAAGAGGCUGCAGCUGCCGUCUAUUUUCAAAGCAUUGGGGCUGACAUCCUUUUGCCAGAGACACGUACUUGCUUUACGAUUCUACGCCACUGGUGGUGAUCGAUAUACUCUCUGGUCAGCUACUUUGGCACAUUCGUUUUUACCAACGCCAAGUAAAGCCGCUGUACUCACGACAAUGUUUGGUACAAUGGCGCCCCUAACGAAAACCCUCGCUCUAGUUCUUCUGCUUGCUCUUGUAGCCGCCAGCGCCGAAGGGCGCACCAUGAGGUCUUUGCUGCAGACCCCAGGCUCGCUGCCGCCGGUUUUCUUGGACGAGAUUCACUGGGACAACGCCGCCCUCGAUUUUGGUGAAGCAGUCGAGAUUUUUGGACCUGCGGGGACGGAUCUCAGUGGCUGGACCGUGACCCGCUACCUGUCCAGAAAUGCCGGGGGGAAUAUCUGCAUGAACGCCGACACUUCGCAGCAGAACGCAGGUGUGAAGGGGCCCUGCGGAGUCGGGAACCCGUUCACAAUCCCGGCAGGAACUACGAUUCCGUCGCAGACGGUUGCCAACGGCAUCGGCUAUGGCACCGUCGUCGUGUUGAUUCCCAACAACGGCCUCGUAAACGGUGGAGUUGCCGUCGUUCUUGCGAACGCGCAAGCAGUCGUACAGGAUUACCUUUUCUUCGGGGCGCCCAGCCCCCUCACUCUAGUUGGCGGCCCUGCAAACGGACAAACUGUUACCAACAACAUCGGGAGCGGUGAGAACGGCAACGGCCCGAUUGGGAAUUCCAUCCAACGGUUUGGCCCGACGACUUAUGAUACGACCACGAACGGGGCGCCCAACACCUUCGGCACCGCGUACCAGGCGUACCUCCCGGUUAGCGCUAAUCCGGGGGGGAUCAGCUCGUCUAACCUGGACGCCAACACCGGGUUAGUCAACUUUCCGGCCGGAACUACUACGGCGGCCGGAACGACUCCCCUGCAGCCUACGUCCUGGAACACUGGCCCGAUCGUACUCUCUCCGGGGGGGCUGCCGAGCGCUACCGUGCUAACGAACCUGAUCAUCGCCUCCGGCAUUCCGGCGGGUAGCAUCACUCCCGCCCCGACCACUCAGUCUCCGACCACUACUCCCGCCCCGACCACUUUUGCCCCGACCACAACUCCUUCUCCGACCACUCAAUCUCCUACAACCACUCCCGCCCCGACCACUCUUCCCCCGGCCACUCCCGGCCCGACCAUUCUUCCCCCGGUCACUCCUGCCCCGACUACCUCUGCCCCGAUCACUCCGGCACCUACCAGCGGAAUCUACUCUUCUCCAUCGGCCUCGACGUGCACGGCGCUCGCCCCUGGCCUCCCUAACCCUUGCUUCAACAACGACGGUUCCAAAUUCGUCUGCUGCGCCGGGGCCUGCGCCGCGGGCACUCCUGGCGCCGCCCCUGCCUGCGCCGGCGGCCCCACGUCCGCCCCGACCACUGCUGCCCCGACCACUGCCGCCCCGGUGACUCCUGCCCCGACCACUUCUGCCCCGACCCCUGGGCCGACUUUCGCAACCGCCUCGGGCGCGACGUGUAACGCCUACUCUGCCAACUCCUACUCGUGUUACAGCAGCGACGGCUUCACUUUCGCGUGCUGCCCAACCCCCUCGUGCGCGCCCGGCGGCGCGGCCGCGUGCGCGGGAGCGCCAACCGCGGUCCCUACCACCGCCGCCCCGGUCCCAACCACCGCUGCCCCGGUCCCUACCACUGCCGCCCCGGUCCCUACCUCCGCGGUCUUCCCCACCGGAAGUGGUAACAAUUGCAAUCCGGUCGGGCAGUUCCAGUGCUUCAACAACGACGGCAGUCUCUACACGUGUUGCAUCGGCCCCCGGAAGUGCGCCCCGGGCACACCCGGGCCGGUCCCCGCGUGCGCUUAGGCCUCACAUGCGAUUUUGUGUGAAUAAUCGGGCUCACGUAGCUCGUUAGUGCAUGAAUAAUUGGCCGCUUCGCAGCUCAUCAAUUCAUAAUCUGGAGGAGAGAGGAAGUCUGCGGACUAGAAAAAGGGUGCGGAUUGACUCAUUGUAGUGAAGCGCAGAGAUACUUUUACGUGUUGUCCAUUCUGAUGAUUCUUUCGGAGACUAGCUAGACAUGCGCGUGCAUGCGCUGAGGCGGCCCGAGAAAGCAGUCGGGUUGACUUAUCAGUGAAGUUGUUCGAGUGCAUUUCUGGUGCACGAUUUUUGCAGGCCACGGCAUAGCUGGAGUUCUUACUUACUGCUGCUAGCGCUAGGUCCGAACUCGGUGACCUCGCAGAUGAUUUUGAUAGUGCCAUAUCGCUUUGGCCAAUGAGAAGAGCUACGAGCCUCGGAGCUAGAGAGUCGUCGGCCCCGGAACAUGGAAUACUUGACCCCCAGUAUUCUGUAUUCCAAGGUUUCAAAAAGGCAGUAUUCCGUAUUCCAAGGUGCUCGGGUAUUCUGUAUUCCGUAGAGUCGAGACGCCGGAUGUGAGGAUUAAAGGACGAUUUUGGGCUCUGCAUACUUACAGAAUAAAGGUGCGUCUCCGCGGCGCAUGUAGCAACCAUGUAGCAACAAUAAAGUGGAAAAGUGAGUUGUCACUUGUAAUUAAGGUAGGAUCGAUCAGGACUUCCAGUGUCGUGUGCAAGUACGUGCUUGCCUGGCAGCGUUUCUUGCAAGAUGAUCUGAAAUGCUUUUGCCAUCUCACUGAGUC